UGCCAUAUGUGAGGUUAUUCCAUAUGAUGUUGCUGCUAUUGAGAAAGCUAAUAUCCAUAUAUGAACUGCUCUUGUUAAAAGAUGAAAAUAUUGAUAUAUUUUCACCAAUCUUUUUUGUCUUUUGAUUAUUUCCUUUGAUCUUUGUUUUGGUACCCUUCUUUUAAAACAUUUUUCAUAUGUCAAUUACCUUAUUAUAUUCUUAAGCUAUGAGGGGUACUGAACAAAAAUUUUUGGGAGCAAACACAAAAGAAAAAAUUGGAGAUAUAAAUCAGCCUUCAACAAGCUUUUGGUUUGCCACUAUUGUUUUGAUAAAGCCUUUGACAAGUUCUAUGACAUGUACAAUGCAACUUGGCGUCCAUCUUACUACUCUUGUAUACGCGUGAACAUACUCAAGUCCACGCCCGAUAUUGUUAUAGAGAAGUUGUUGGCGAUUUUGAAAGAAAAUGAGACUGAAUUUGGUUCUGAAAACUUGAAUCUAAGCCAAACUGAUUUUGGUGGUGAUUCAAAUUCAAAUAGGGGCAUGAAGCAAAAUACAUUUUGUACUGAAAUCAGUGAGUCUCAAAAGUUGGAUGAUUCUGGUAAGGCAGCCUCAGGACUAGUUGAUGACUUUACUAAUGUGUUUAAUGGAAACUUACAACAGGGUCCGAUUUCAAAGUGUGAGUUUCCAGGGUUAGACUAUGUUCUGUUUGUUAAGGGGUUAGGACCACACGUAAUUGAUUAUGGUUAUGUAGAUGGCAAGCCUCCAAAGGAGGUAGUUGUCAGUCGGAAAUGUGCUGAGGCAGUUCUUCGAGGUGCUCAGGUCUACAUUCCUGGAGUACUGGCUUGCAGUGCUCAUGUUGAGAAAGGCGAUGAAGUUGCAGUUUCAGUUGCUAUAGAACAGCCUAUUGAGAGCGGGUGGGGCUCUGGUAUAACACGAGGGACCAUUAUGCAGGGUUCACACAUAGCAUAUCCUUAUCAUUCUGAAAGAAAUGGGCUAUAUAUUGGCAAAGGAAAAGCAAUGUUUUCAAGGUCUAGAAUCUUCCGUGUGCAGCAAGGGGUUGCUGUGGAUAUGUGUGAAAGACAACCAAGUGGGAAACCAGUUCUAAAUCCUGGGCCAUCUGCAAAGAGAAUAGAGAGACCUUCAGCUAGAGAAUACUAUAUUUUGUCAUCUCUUUCUUUGUAA